AGUUGCGUUGGUAGCAACCAAACGUCAAGUUAUCUACUCUAAGGUUAUGUUAAUGUAAACAAAAAUUAUCUAAACGGCUCCUGUAAUGUAAUUAGUGGCUAAUUUUGACUGUGAAGUUUCAAUUCCAGCUCUUUUUUGGAUAAAGUUUAAGUCACGAUGGGUUUGCUAACAGAUCCCAGUGCCGGUCAGGGAAAACUAACCAAAGCCCUUCUUAAAUAUUACACAAAACUAUGUGUCUUGCUAUACAUAGGCGGAAUCGGUUGGUUCUGUUCCCUUGCGUACACCCCCAUGAACGCAGGGACGUAUUUUUCCGAAAACGCCCUUUUGCCAGGACUCGUCAAAUCAGAGUUUCGGGAAGACGCAAUCGCAAAAACUUACCACAGCGAGCUUUUGGACGAAAUGAAGAAAUACGAAGACUCCAUUCCGUAUCCCUGGCUUUUAGCCAAAAUGAAGCAAAUUGGAUUAGAUACCUACACUCACAACUUUACACUGAAUUAUCCGCUGGGAAAACCCCAAAAAUUUGUUGGUAAAAACGUUUAUGGUAUUUUACGAGCGGCACGGGCUUCCAGCACUGAAGCUUUAGUCUUAAGUGUGCCAUAUAGACCCCCUUUGAGCGUCCACGCCACCACCGCACCUUCCAUUGCCAUAAUGUUGGCAUUUGCCAAGUUUGCCAAUAGAGAGAAAUAUUGGGCCAAGGAUAUUAUAUUUUUAAUUACUGAACACGAGCAGUUAGGAAUGCAAGCUUGGCUGGAAGCCUACCAUGGAGUAGCCUGUGGCAAUGACGGUACUUUAGACCAUGGUGACAUUAAGGGACGUGCAGGUGCCAUACAAGCCGCUAUUAAUUUAGAAUUGCACGAAACGGCAAUUAGCCAAGUGGAUAUCAAAAUUGAAGGUUUAAAUGGUCAACUGCCCAACUUGGAUUUGUUUAACUUAGCCGCUAAAAUGCUGCUCAAAGAGGGAGUACCGCAUACUUUUAAAAACAGGCCCAACAAACACUUGAAAGAUCCCGUAAACGACUGGUUUUACUCAUUCCAGACUUUAUUAGCCAUGAUUUCAACUCAGGCUACCGGGAUACCAAAUGGAAAUCAUGGCCUUUAUCACCGUUUUGGCAUAGAAGCCCUGACUCUUGAAAGCACCCCCUUAAAAGGGGGCAAUAAAGCCGGAUUCCCAAUUGUGGGCCGCAUUAUUGAAGGGAUAUUCCGUAGCUUGAAUAACCUUUUAGAGCGUUUCCAUCAAAGCUUUUUCUUCUACUUGUUACCUUCAUCAGAGAGAUUUAUUUCAAUUGGGCUAUACAUGCCUGCUAUCUGUUUGAUUGCGGGGGCUCUCUUCAUCAAAGCAUGCGCCAAUUGGUGCCAACUUCAGGAGAACCAAGCGGAGACGGAAGACGAGAAGACAAAAACCCCCGAGACGAAAAAACAAGUCAAGAGCAGCGUGAAACCGCGCGAUUCGAAAAAUUAUUGGAAAGAAAUGGAAACGCGAUUCCAGACCGAAAUUCAAACUCACAACCCUCCAGAUCCCGAUUCCGUUAACUUUAUUUCAAUCCUUUGCGUAUUUCUAAUGUCUCAUGUUCUGGGGGUAUUGAUUAUGAACAGCCCUCAGCUAUUAACGACGCUAGGUGGCCAAUAUAAUUACUCAACCGAUGCGUCUUUGUUUUACGGGUUUAUAGCCAUAUCUGUGGUGUUGCUAACAAUGCCGCUUUUUAUCCCCUUCAAAGCUUGCGAGAAGAGUAUGUCGGUGUUAAAUAUUUUAUCGCUUUUGGAAUUAGGCACAACUUUAAUUUGCGUUUCCAUGAAUAAUUUUUCUCUGGCAUUAUUUUGCGCCAUUAUUUAUGUACCGUUGGCUCUAAUUAUCGGGAUUACGCGGUGUAGGCUAUGCUCUGCCAUCAAAAAAAUUGUGUGGUUGCUGGCACAUCCUCUAGUCGUGCUUACCGCUACCGUGUUAGUAUACACAUUUUUCAUGUUCCCCGGUGAAAAAUUCGAAGAUAAUUUUCAUAGGGGCGUAGCGGCGACUCAACAGGCAAUCGUUUUCAGUAUAGUGGAUUCUAUGAUUUAUGGAAAUUGGCUCUUUAGCGUCGUUACUAGUGUUUUUAUUUCCAACUGGUUGUGUUUCUGGAUCGUUGCGUUUGCGAAAGUGCCGCAGGACAUUCCAAAGAAGAAAAUCGAUUAAAUGUACUUUUUUUUAAUAAAGUGUUGGAUUUUUAA